GUCUGGCUUUUAUAAAGUAAUGCUGUAUAAUCCUCAUGAGUUAAGCUGUUUAGAACAUUAGAAACCAAAACGAGGCAGGAAUGACACUCUAAGGCGUCAAAAGGCCGGCGUCCACCUUGCAUAGAAAACUGCACUGAGCCGAUCUACAUGCACAGCUCUAGACGGAGGCUCGCUGUAUUGUUUUGAUAGAGGAACAUUCCCUCGCCGUCAGGAACGGUUCACAUUCCCAAAGCCAUCUUCCAUGGCUUGUCUUUACCAAGUAUUGGGGUGAAGUAUGCGUGUCCUGUUGUCCAGAAGGCAUGGAGGAGCAGCAGUCGCCCGCGGCCAACACGGACAACAGCAGCCAGAGAAAUGGAGAAGAGAAGACGAGGCGUAGCAGCUGGACCAAGGGGCGGAAGCGGAAGAAGCCCAUGAAGGACCGGAACGCCCCCAAGGCGCCACUGACGGGCUACGUCCGCUUCAUGAACGACCGGCGGGAGCAGCUGCGGGCCGAGCGUCCCGACGUGCCCUUCCCGGAGAUCACCAGGAUGCUGGGCAACGAGUGGAGCAAGCUGCCCCCGGAGGAGAAGCAGCAAUACCUGGACGAGGCGGAGCGCGACAAGGAGCGCUACAUGAGGGAGCUGGAGAAGUACCAGAAGACGGAGGCCUACAAACACUUCACCAGGAAGGUCCAGGACAAGCAGAAGGGGAAGCGGCACAGAGGAGAUGUUGGCAGCCAGGCGGCCAGUGAGGUUCUCCAUGAGAAGGAUGCGGAGGGGAAGGACAGAAGCGUCUUUGACAUUCCCAUCUUCACAGAGGAGUUCCUCAACCACAGCAAAGCUCGCGAGGCCGAGAUGCGACAGUUGCGCAAGACCAACAUGGAGUACGAGGAGCGCAACGCUGCUCUCCAGAAGCAUGUGGAGAGCAUGCGUGGCGCCGUGGAGCGGCUGGAGGGCGACGUGAUGCAAGAGAGGGGACGUAACGGCCUCCUCCACCAGCACCUGGACACCCUACGUCAGGCACUCGCCGCCAGCUUCUCCUCCGUGCCUCUGCCAGGAAGUGGAGAGAUGGCCACGCUGGACAGCAUCGACGCCUACAUGAAGAAGCUGCACAGCAUCAUAGUCAGCAGCCCACAAGAACACGAGAACCUCAUCAACACUGUGAGAGACCUGGUCAACCGCUUGGACAGAUAAUCGGGGCGGGUCCCAUCAGAGAAGGAGAGAAGCACGCCAGCCCUCAGCCGUCACUGCCGCCCUCCCUCGAAAACACUUUCAGUACCUGCAAAGGUGGUGGUGGUGGUGGUGAUGAUGAUGAUGAUGUAGCUCCUUGGUUAUUUAUUUCUUUUUCAUACGUAGUACCUUAUUGAUCUAGCUCAGGGGUCAGCAACCCGCGGCUCCAGAGCCGCAUGUGGCUCUCCAGCCUCUUUGUUGCGGCUCCCUUUGCAAUGCUUGAAUAUUUUUUAGCACCCGUGUGGUGAAAAUGCACGUCUUUGUUAUGAGUUUACAAAAAUCCAACUUUGUGUGAGACCAUGAAUGCAUCCUGACUGAGUUCUGACUGGUGACUGAAUGAGCAGACAGGAUGCUAUCCAGUUCUCUCUGACAGGUUAACAUGAAGGGAAAUGAGUAAUACUUUGAGUUAUUUGAGUUAUUAAUUAUUAUUAAUGAGUUAUUUGACGAUUCUAAAAAAUAAAUUAGAGCUCAUUUAAAAACAAAAGUUUAUCUCCAGUACUAGCAAGAGUACUCCAACUCGUCUUUUUUUUCCCCUCCAAUGUUGUUUUAAACAUACAACGUUUUGCGGCUCCAGGCUAUUUUUCUUUAGUGGGCAAGUGGGUGAAAUGGCUCUUUUCAUAGUAAAGGUUGCCGACCCCUGAUCUAGCUGCAUGCACAGGAAACAAUAAUUGGUAUCAUCCAUCUCCUUUUUCAAUAAAGUCUACAUGAGCACAA